AUGCAGUUCUUCCUCAUCGCUGCCCUGAUCGCAUGUAUCAGUUCUGCCUAUGCCCGUGAUUUUCACCCCGAGAUCACUCCAGCACCGAGGGCAGAAGACGUGCAUAAGCGCCAGGUCGACGAGCGCUUUAUAGGCUGGUACUCAGAAGGCACUGAAUGGCGCUCCUAUGGCUGUGCGUUAGGGGAGUACUAUGCUGUCAGUUCACAGAUAGGCGCCUGCUGCCCCACCGGCUUGUCCUACUGCGAUCCUCCGGUAGCAUGUGAGGGGAACAAAGCCGUUUACUCUGACAGUGACAUGGCCGACUGUGGAUCGAGUGUAUGCGAUACCCUCACCAUAUUCGACUCUAGAAAUGUUGCGGCCACGGGGAUCCAUAGUCUAGUCGGGUGCUUUAGUUCUCCGGACUUUUACCACUACCCUGGGACUUAUUACAGGGCGACUUUUGCUCUUGUGACGACUACAUCUGAGAAAUUAAAGACUCCCACAGCGCCGGUGACGGCUACCAAGACCGUCACGCAAACCCCUACCACGACCGUCACGCAGACCCCUACCGAGGGGCUGGGGGUGAGAUUAUGGGAUAAGGGGAUGUGGACGAGACUCUGCUUCAUCCCAUUACUUGCUGUGUUCUUUGGUUUCGUGCUUUAG